AUGUGCGUCGGCCAUCCCAAGAGGCACCCAUGCCAGCACAUGUCUGUGACAUUUCUCUACUGUGUCUCUGCACAGCUCGACCGUGCCACAGGCUCGGUCCUCCCCUGUGCGAGAACAACCUACUCGAUCCCCGUCGACUCGGACGCCCACUGCACCAACCAGCUCUGCUAUUUCCUGGAGAGGGGUGGCGUCUGGAACUGCUGCCAGUGCCACCAGGGGCCCAACCUCCUUGGCUGGUGCAUUUUCAACCGCCCCAGGAUCGAGCUCAACGCCGCCACAGGGCAGUGGGAUCAUGACACUGUGUGUAAUCACUGUUGUUGCCGGAUGUGC